GUCCAAUGGGGCAGGAAACCUCAGAGUAAUACCCAGGUAGAACUUAACAGUUUAUCUGCGAACACUUAUUGGUCAUGUCUUACAAAAGGAAAGGCAUCUGUUAUUCUAUUUAAACCCUGGAAAUAGGUGAUCAACUGAAGUUAAAAACACUUCCGAGUACCACGCCAAACAAACAGAUUUUUCUCUAAGACGUCUAAGGAAGAGCAGUCAGAAUGGAACCCAAGAAGAAUGUUUUACUCAGACUGCGAGAGAAGGCCAAGCCCCUUUUUAACAUGAAGAAAGGAAAGAAGGCCAAGAAGACCCCCCUGAGGUACAGGAGGAGUAUCUCGGUACCGGACCUCCGAUGCUCCAGCCCAUCUCUGCUGGACUCUCUCGCAGUGUCUCCAGACCCUGACACAGCUUCCUUUUCUGGCUUAAAAAGACAGUUUUAUCUGGAUGAAGCCGAGAUUGAAACCUCAAGUCUGGCUUACUCUGACAAUUUCGUUGUCACAGAUGAGCCACUUUCAGUCAAGAGUAGCAACCAGUUCACUUUCCCCGCGGACAUGGAUCAUGCUUUGGAAACAGCACCCCCGAGUGGCCUCCCAAAGCAGCUUCCUGAACCAUGCACGCCAUUCUUAUCCAAGGAAGUGGACCAGUUCGUCCUCCCAGAGACACUUUCCUUAUCCCUGUUACCUCAGACGGACAUCCUUUCAGCCUCAGAGAAGCCAGCUUUCGUGGAGGUCCCUGUUAGGAAGUUGGCGUCUGAUAAUACAGUCCUCAGCCUCCCAGAGAGACUCUCCUCAACUGCGUUACCCGAGCUUGACAUCCUUUCGGCCACAGAGAAGUCAGCUUUUUUGGAGGUCCCUAUGAGGAAGGAUAGGAAUGAGAAGAGGAUGGAGGAGAGGGACAGAACCACUAGGUGGUAUAUAGAUUACCUAGACAAUGAGUCGGCAUGCAGCACACCAUCCGAGGAACGGUCCUGCAGCCCUUGUCUUCCUGAGCAGGAGCUCACUGCUGGGCCAGACAACAUUCCAUCACUAUCCAGAGAGAUGUGCAUCAUUGGAUCAGCUGAGAACUUUAAUGAUCAGGUUGCCAGCGAGAGCAAUGACUAUGAGACCAGUCCAUCCGGAAGACAGACAGGCUCAGCAGUCAGCAGCGAGAUCCAGCCUGUUCCAGCAGGUCAGAAGGUUCAGUACCUGCUCACCAUCAACUUAAAGGAGGGAAGACACCUGGUGAUCAGAGACCGCAAUGGUACAAGCGACCCAUACGUCAAAUUCCGAUUAGAUGGCAAGACGAUCUACAAAAGCAAGGUUGUGUGCAAGAACCUGAACCCUGCGUGGUACGAGUCCUUUUCUGUUUUCAUCAGAGACCUGGACCAGUGCAUGUAUGUGAAGGUGUACGAUCGCGACCUGAGAUCACGGGACUUCAUGGGAUCGAGCACCAUCAACCUCAGCAAACUGGAGAUAGACAAGACGUCGGAGUUGACCUUGCGUUUGGAGGACCCUGGCAGCCUGAAGGAGGACAUGGGGGUGAUCCUCUUGGACGCCUGCGUGUCCAUCCACGAGGGGCCCACCAAACGAAAUAAAUGGCCACUGAAGAGGAAAGGGAGUUUCAAUAAGGGUCAUCCCCAGCACGGGCGGAUCGCGGCGCCGUCGGCCCAGAAGAGUCAGGUGUGGAGCGGAGUGUACACACUGGUGCUGGUGGAGGGCCAGGACAUGCCCGAGGGCAGCCAGGGCGACGUCUACGUGCGCUUCCGUCUGGGCGAGCAGAGGUGCAGGAGCAGGUGCCUGUGCGUCAGGGCCAGCCCGCAGUGGAGGGAGACGUUCGACUUCAACCGCUUCAGUGAAGGUCAGCCAGACGUGCUGGCAGCGGAGGUGCUCUGCAAGAGGAGCCGCAAGUCGGAGGAGCUCUGGGGAACGCUGGAGCUGGACUUGACCCAGAUGCCGCUCAACAAGAAGCGUCUGUACACCCCAGUGGUGGGCGCGGGCAAGGGCCGUCUCCUGCUACUGCUCUCCUACAAGCCCUGCUUCGGAGUCUCCAUCUGCGAGCUCAGCUCUGCCCCGCUGGACGACGCGCCGCACCGCGACAGGAUCCAGGAGCGAUACAGUCUGAGGAACACGCUGUCGAGCCUACAGGAUGUCGGGUAUCUCCAGGUCAAGGUUGUGAGGGCCAUGGACCUCGCGUCGACAGACCUCAGCGGGAAGAGUGAUCCAUUCUGUGUGCUAGAGCUCGGAAACAGCAAGCUACAGACUCCAACCAUCUACAAGACCAUCCAUCCAGAAUGGAGAACAGCAUUUACACUGCCAAUUAAGGACAUCCACGAUGUCUUAAUGCUGACUGUUUGUGGGGAAGAUGGGGACAAGUCACCAGACAUCCUGGGAAAAGUCGCUAUUCCUUUGCUGACAGUCACCAAUGGGCAGCUGAUAACCAGCCUGUUGAAGAAGGAAGAUCUGGCAGGGCCAUCCAAAGGCACCAUCACACUGGAGCUGAGCGUUCUGUACAACCCGGCCAGGGCUGCCAUUAAAACCUUCAAACCCAGAGAAACAAAGUUUGAGGAGGACAACCCCAAGUUCAAUAAAAAGCUGUUAGCGCGCAACAUUUACCGCGUGAGGAGGCUGAGCAUGGCUGUUCUGUACACGCUGCAGUACAUUAAGAGCUGCUUCCAGUGGGAGAGCACUCAGAGAAGCAUCACAGCCUUCCUGAUCUUCUUAGUGACGGUGUGGCACUUCGAGCUGUUCAUGCUGCCACUCUUCCUGCUCUUGCUUUUCGGCUGGAAGUACUUCCACAUCAGCCAUGGAGCGGGCAGCCAAGCCCAUGACCUGGAGAGCAUGUCCGUGGCUGAGGACGAGGACGAGGAUGAAAAGGAAUCGGAGAAAAGAGGCCUGAUGGAGAAAAUCCAUAUGAUUCAGGAAAUUGUGCUCACAGUCCAGAACGUUCUAGAUGAAGUAGCAUGCAUAGGGGAACGAGUGAAGAACACCUUCAACUGGUCUGUGCCUUUCUUAUCCUUGCUGGCCUGCUGUACCCUGAUCGUCGCCACAGCUGCCCUCUACUACUUCCCCCUUCGCUACAUCGUCCUGCUGUGGGGUGUUAAUAAAUUUACCAAGAAGCUCCGUAAUCCGCACACCAUUGACAAUAACGAACUGCUGGAUUUUCUCCAGAGGGUGCCGUCUGAUAUUCAGAAGGUGCAGUACAGCGAGCUGAGAGCCCCUGGCAUCCCGGGCGCCCACAAGAAGAGACGCUAGUGGCUGCGUCCCCGUCACCUGCUGCAGCUGCAAUUGGGAGGCUGCGGAUCAGCCCGGGGUGACCCCCAUCGUCCUCCCAGGACAGCCUAGUGGAGAGCUCCCAGAGGACCUUGUCAGUCCCUUGUGUCUAUUCAGAGCCUGUGUGUGUGUGUGUGUGUGUGUGUGUGUUGUGACAGGAGGUUGUACUCUUCACUGAUUCAGCUGAUCAUGAGAUGUUAUUCUCUGGCCGAAGAGAUGGCCUACACUUUGCUAGCUGUAUUAUAACAAUAUGCGGGAAACCCGUUUUGUUCAUUCAACAAGGGGAAACUGGCCUAAGCGCAUGUGAGAAAUACCUUCCUAAUUCUAAUUCAGAAGAUUAAUUUGAAUACAAACUGUACUUUGCCGGUAUAGACUAUUGUCUACUGUGACAAAGGUUAAAUACAUGGAAAAUGUUACACUCCUUAAGUUGCUUCAUCAGAAAUGACGAAGCACUUUGAAAUGCUGGUUAGAUGUAUUUCAUGAAGCAGUGUAAAUACAGCCUUUUAAACUUUAUUCUUAUCGCGAUACGGUUCAUAAGAUUUUAUCACACUCCUUUGUAUCUAUAUGCGCAAUCCUUUUGUAUUCCGUAAAAAGAUGACACAUAAAAACUGUCUGAGACAACGAA